GAUUCCGGGUCUCGGGAAUGACGCGCGCUGGCCCUUGUCGGCCGCCGUCCGCUACGUUCUGAGGGUCUGUCAGCGGCUGAGGUGGACUCGGUGGUCUGUGGACCCAGAGGCAAAGCGUUUAGAGAAGUGGUAGCGUGGUUUUCACCAGUGGUGGGGAGCGAGGCCAUCGCCAGGUGGCAAGUGUAUGGACUGUGGAGCAAGAAGAACCUGCUUUUGCCUCUGACUCGGGUUCUAGUCCAGGGGAACAAGGCAUUAUUGGUACUAGAAGGAGGAGGUUCCAGGCCUGGGAGAUCAUCAUUUCUGGCAGCAGCCUGACCUGAGAUUUCUUGACCGUAACUUCCGGGCAGACCCAGAGCAGACGGAAGACAGAGCAUAUCCUGGAGUUUCUAGCCUUUCCUAAGAACAAGAGAAAAUGACCAAGGCCCAGGCGCCGUUAUCAUUUGAGGACGUGGCCGUGGGCUUCUCCCCGGAGGAGUGGCAGCUCCUGGCCCCCGCCCAGAAGGACCUGUACCGGGACGUGAUGCUGGAGAACUACAGGAACCUGGUGUCGCUGGGCUACCAAGCCAGCAAACCAGAUUCCCUCUUCCAGUUGGAGCAUGGAGGACCACCGUGGGCAGUAGGGGGAGCAGCUCCGCGGCCGCCCUGUGCAGGAACAGGCUAUCCAGCUACCCAGCCACAUAUGAUCCUUAGUUUCAAGCAUGGAGGGAAGCCGUGGAGCUUCGAAGAUGAAAUGCAGUGUCGGUACUCCUCAGGCAAGAAACCAUUUGGAUACAAUGAAUGUGCAGUGAAUGCUUUUGAACCACUCAUGAGUGUGCUUCAGAGAACUCGUGCAGGAGGGAAAUCCCAUGAAUGCAGAAAAGCCUUUCCCAGUAAGCUAAAGCUAAUAAGUAAAGCUACUCAUCAGCAGACUCACACAGGGGAGAGACCAUUUGGGUGCAAUCAAUGUCAAAAAGCGUUCAUUACAAAGUCAGCACUCAGCUGCCAUCAGAAAACUCAUCAUAGAGAAGGGAAAUCCUAUGCAUGCAGUAAAUGUGAGAAAGCUUUUCCUUGGAAGUCAAAACUCGCCUUACAUCAGAGAACUCAUUCAGGAGAGAGACCUUUCAGAUGCAGAGUGUGUGAUAAGGCCUUCAUGGUCCGGACACAUCUGACUGUGCACCAGAGAACUCACACAGGAGAGAAACCAUAUGAGUGCUCCGACUGUGAGAAAGCGUUCUCCAAAAAGGCUCAGCUCAUAAUCCACCUGCGAAUUCACACAGGAGAGAGGCCGUACGGAUGCAGUCAGUGUCCAAAAGCAUUCAUUACAAAGUCAGCACUCAUCUAUCAUCGGAAAACCCGUCAUAAAGAGGGGAAAUCCUAUGGAUGCAGUAAAUGUGGGAAGACUUUUCCUUGGAUGUCAAAACUCGCCUUACAUCAGAGAACUCAUUCAGGAGAGAGACCUUUCAGAUGCAGAGUGUGUGAUAAGGCCUUUAUGGUCCGGACACAUCUGACUGUGCACCAGAGAACUCACACAGGAGAGAAACCAUAUGAGUGCUCCGACUGUGAGAAAGCGUUCUCCAAAAAGGCUCAACUCAUGAUUCAUCAGCGAAUUCACACAGGAGAGAGACCAUACGGAUGCAGUCAGUGUCAACAAGCCUUCAUCCAGAGGUCGGAUCUAACUCAUCAUAAGAAAACUCAGCAUGCAGUUGGGAAAUCUCAUGGAUGCAGUGAAUGUGGGAAGGUUUUGUCCUCUAAGUCAACUCUUGUUAUACAUCAGAGAACCCAUACCGGUGAGAAGCCCUUCAAAUGCAGUGUAUGUGAUAAAGCCUUCACAUCAAAAGCACAUCUUAUUGUCCAUCAGAGAAUUCAUACAGGAGAGAAACCAUAUGAAUGUUUGGGCUGUGAGAAAGCCUUCUCCACUAAGGCACAUCUUAUGAUUCAUCAGCGAAUUCACACAGGAGAGAGACCCUAUGAAUGCAGUGAAUGUCAACAGGCUUUCAUCCAGAAGUCAGGCCUCACAAUCCAUCUGCAAAAUUGUCACGCAAGAGUGAAAUCUCAUGGCUGUAGUGAGUGUGGAAAGGUUUUGUCCUGUAAGUCAACUCUCAUUAUACAUCAGAGAACCCAUACUGGCGAGAAACCCUUCAAAUGUAAUGUGUGUGAGAAAGCCUUCACAGCUAAAUCGUAUCUCACUGUCCAUCAGAGAAUUCAUACAGGAGAGAAGCCAUAUGAAUGCUGUGAUUGUAAGAAAGCAUUUGCUACUUUGUCAACUCUCAUUGGUCACCGGAGAACUCACACAGGAGAGAGACCCUAUGGAUGCAGUGAAUGUCAAAAAGCCUUCUUUCGGAAGUCAGCUCUUCUUAAUCAUCAGCAAAGUCAGCAUAGAGGAAAAUUGUCUAUGCAGUGACUGUAGGAACGUGAGAAGUAGGUUUCAAUUAGUCAGUUCUAUCUGUUCAGAGAACUCAUUCAAAAUAGAAAUGCCAUGAAUGCUGUGAUUAUAGUAGACCUUUCUAAAAUUUCUGUAGAAACUAAAAUAAGCCUUUCAUCUGAAGACUCCUCUCAGUAUACCACAGGGAUCUCACCAAAGAGAGAAACAUUAUAAAUGCAGUGAUUGUCAAAAAUUUCAUUUGGGGAUGCCUAGGUGGCUCAGUUAAGCAUCAAGACUCCAGCCUAGGUCACAAUCUCACUGUUC